AUGGUCCUCCUCCAACAACUCAUUACUGUCGCGCUCUCCGCCAUCGCAGAUCCAGCCUCCGACGACCCCAUCCACGAAUGCCUCAGUCACGACCUCAAAGCUCAUCGGGAACUUAUAUUAGACACUCCAGAUAAGGCUCUGGAGCUUGCCGACGCGAACCUACGCGUUUUCCCAUUCAAAGAUGUUGAAACAUGUUGGCGACGCCUAUACACGGACGCGAGUAUCGUCAAAGCAUGUCUCAGCAUAUGCAACAACAUUGGGUUUCCACGCGAAGAAAACUCGCAUAAAGAGGGUGUAAUGCACAAUACAUCACUUGGCUCUCACUUGUUUGGCUAUAUAAACAACAAUCCGAGUAGCGAAAAGGAGGAGACGCUGAAAAUACCUCCCGAUGCGCCGUGGUUGUCCCCGACUGUUCACAUUCUCGACAAAGCCUUGAUUAUGACCGGUGCCCCCCUACGCGAGUCGCUUAUUGAAUCCCUUCUUGAUGCACUCCAGAAUGCCACUACCUCCUAUAGAAAGGGAACGGCCGACCCCGAAUACUCUCAGGGUGGUGACGACGACCGAGCCGCCAAACGCAGAAAACUCUCGCCUCCGCUGUUUUUACCAGAUGCUAUUCCCGGCCCCGGGCUGAAGAAUCCCAUACCUCGCAUCUCGGCACCGUCCUUCGACUCAAUCGAACGUCAUAUCCGCCAUGUCAGGACUCCGCUGGUUAUUACCGACGCGGUGGAGCAUUGGCCGGCGAUGUCGACUAGACCGUGGGCCUCGAAAGAUUAUUGGUUUGAUCGCACUUUUGGGGGCCGGAGACUUGUUCCAGUGGAAAUCGGGAGAUCAUAUACAGACGAGGGCUGGGGCCAGCGGAUUAUGCAGUUCGGGGAAUUCGUCGACCGCUAUAUCUGGCGUGGGCAGAUGCAGUUUUCGAAACAAUCUGACGGUGAAUUCGGCCAAGACGGAGUCGAAGAAGACCUUACUGGUUACCUGGCGCAGCACGACCUAUUAGCGCAGAUUCCAGCCUUGCGAAAGGAUAUCUGUGUUCCUGAUUAUUGUUACAUUGAUCCACCGGGGCCGGAACCCGGGACGCCAGUGUACUUGAAGAAAAAGCAGGCGCAAGAAGCGAAACUCAAGGAAAUGGGUUCACAGGCGACAUCUACUAGUCGUACGGGGCAGGAUAGCUCCCACAAUGACAAUGACAAUGCGUCAGAUUGCUCGGCUUCGGAGCGGGGCCUCCCUGCCGAUCCGAUCAUUAAUACCUGGAUCGGCCCUUCCUGGACUAUAUCGCCUCUCCACCAUGACCCCUACCAUAACAUCCUGGUUCAGGUCGUGGGCGCUAAGUAUGUCCGCCUCUACUCUCCCCGGACACCUACGUCCCAGAUCUAUCCGAAGGGAAUGGAAGCUGUUCAUUCGUCGUCUUCUGAGGGCAGAGAUGGUCAAACCCAUGGUGGUGAAGGAAAAGCCAGCGAGCCACGCCUCAUAGAUAUGUCCAAUACGUCACAGGUCGACCUCGCAGCCAUUGAACUCUCCCCGGCCGAGUCCGAGCAAUGGGACGCCAUAUGGCCCGGCUUUAUGCAGGCGGAAUAUGUCGAAACAGUUCUCAGGGAAGGCGAGUGCUUGUAUAUUCCCAUUGGGUGGUGGCAUUAUGUCCGUGGCUUGAAGGCGGGAAUCAGCGUUAGUUUCUGGUGGGAGUAA